AUGAGUAGGGCGCCACGCAACGGGAUCACCUCGCAGCGGUACGCCACGUCGGAGAGAGGCGCCCCAUACCAGCGUCAGCGCCCCUUAGCCCUCCCUCACGGCGGCAGCAGCGGGGGUGGUGGCGGCGGAAGCAUGCCCUUAGUUCCGAGAGACAACAACGCCCGCGGCCCCAGGCGACUGACGUUUAACAACUUUGCCACUUUUAAUGCACGAGAGAAGAAGUUACCGCCCGAUGCAAACGCGCAGGUGGCGCCCAAUACCAAGCUUUGGCAGUUGCAAGAGCGAGCUUCAUUUUACUGCAACAAAUGCCGACGGGACAAUAUCAUCUCGGACACCAUCGCCGUGGACGCGGUGCACCAGUUAAUGCUCUGCACACGGUGCUUCAUUCGUAUCAUUCGGCCCCGUUCGUACCGUCCCAGCCGGGUUGUACCCUUUCCCUCUCUUCUUUCGUGGCUAAACUACAAACCGGCAAAGGUGAUGGAGAUGUCUGAAGACAUUUCUAGCCGCCCCGCUGAGGCUGUGGCACCGUCAGGCGAGCGCAUCGCCAACCCAACCCUCUGUGGUGGGGAUCGGCCCACACAUUUUCAAAACCUCCCCGCCAUAGCCAUGAACACCGUGCCCUCCGCACGUGUCGGCGUAGUGAUAAGUGGCAAAGGCCCAACAUCAGCUCAGCAGCAGGAUGACACGCAUCCGUGUAUCCGCGUUUGGGGAAGUUGUGUACACGGUGAAACGUGUAUGUUUCGUCGUGCGCCGUACGACUUGUGCAUCUGUUUUUUGAUGGGUUUGUGCCCUGGGGACGAGGAGAAGUGUCGCCUUCUGCACCAGAAGGUCUUUAGCCUGCCGAAUGCGGACGAUCCGAUGCCCACGCAGCGCCGGGCGGAGGACUCGGAUGACGCGGAGAGCGCGUGGGGCAAAUGGAUCGCACGACGAAAGAAUAGCCCAAAUUCGGCAGAGUGGCAGUUGUGGCACAAUGGGCCGGUGUUGGACCUUCUCAACGUAUAUGCCCCUCUGGUGCCCGAGGAGGAGAAAGAGGAGGAUAAAGAAAAGCAGCGUGGCGGAAAGCCGGUGAUCAAACUCAACUACGCUGACAUCUCUGCAGCCCUCCAAGGGCUGAAGCAAUAA